GGUACCCGCAUCCCUUUUCUCCCCCAAAUAGCGUCGCAACAAUGUUCAACAGUACCAAUGAAAACAAAGUGAAUACAAUGAAAAAGAAAAAAAACAACAACCAUCAAUAAUGCAUACACAAGCGCGCGACAUGAUGAACGAGUUCAAUGAUUGAUACCGAUCAUUAUGUGAAUCGUUCCGACAUGAGUACAAGUCUCGAUUUGACAGCAGACAUGGUGAACGAGGCGCGAGAGAAGCUCGUCCUGCACUGGAACUACCGGGGCCUCUCCGAGAUUCCCGAGGCGGUGCGCCACGUCGGGGCGCAAGUGCAGGAGAUCUACCUCAAGUGGAACGAGCUAAAGAGCUUGCCGAUCUGGCUGGCCGAUUUUGCGAGCGUGACGAACCUCUACCUCUACGGCAACAAAAUCGAACGGUUGCCCGAUACCCUGGGACUCAUGACUAAACUUACGGUGCUCGAUCUCAGUGCCAAUCGGCUCGAGGAGCUUCCCGAUUGUUUGGGCUCGCUCGAGGCUCUCCGCUCGCUCCUUCUCAAUCAGAAUUACAUAGCGUCCCUGCCAACCUCCAUGAGUAAGCUGCGGAACCUCGAGUACUUGUGCCUGUCGGGAAACCAGUUGGUCGUCCUUCCGGAGUGGCUCGGCUCGCUGCCAAAUCUCGCCGAGCUAUUUGCCGACAACAACAACCUACGAGAAAUUCCAAACAGACUGACGCUGUCGACAUCGCUGGACACGCUGUCGGUUUGCUCCAAUAAACUGAGCCACCUGCCCUUGAACGGAUUCGCGUCCUCUCCGCAGAUCCGCUUCGACUCAAAUUCCAGGCUGAACUACCUGUCGCUGCCCGUCUUUUGCCAGCUGGUGUCGAAAUUGCGCCAGUCGCCAAGCCAAGGGAACACCAUAGCUUAUGGGUACGCUAAAAAAAAUCUACUUAUUAAAACCAUAUUUGUUAGGAAUCCAACAAAUGCAUCCGUGAUCAACAAUGCCGUGAUGGAAAAUUUUCAUGAAGAAAUUGAAUAUGAUUUGUUUGAAAUGAAGCGCAGCCUACUGAGGGCCUACCAAAUGCCACCUGACGCUGCCAACGUAGGACCUCAGUUGGCAAGAGAGGCAGCCUAA